AGGGUGGAAAUACGAUACCAUCAAACGCACCAUUGUAUGUAUGUUCCACAGUACAGAGAAUGUGACUGACAUGGGAAACACGUUGAUCUCACGGUCCGAGGAGUAAGAGCUGCACAUACAUUCAUUAAUUAUGGAGAUCGAGAGGAAUUACACCGUUAGAUUAAACAUAGUUAUAUACAUGUUUCUCCUGAUCAUCAAUAGCAGUAAAGGUGCAGUGUGCCCGACACCCGAUAAUGAAGAGAACAUAGUGAGGUCGAUGUGCCUCAGUGGUCAGAUCUCCGGGAAGAGGGUGUACCUUGACACGUCCUACUUCUCCAGCAACAUGGACACAUGCACAUGUUCCAUUACAGCCACUGGAUCAGGGGGAUCCGUCACUUUCAGUUUCCCCGUUGUAGACAGUGUCAACUGUGACGCAACAAUAGUUGUUUCUUCCUUCAACUUCAUAAGGAAUUGUUCAUCUGGUGGAUCUUACAGCGGAUUUCUGGAUUUCAACGCUACUGUUGAUCUCAAGCUGGAAGGGUCAGGUCCUGUUUCCCACUGUAUGCUGGUCUAUACUGAGGCUGCAGAGAUGAUGCUGGCUGUUUCCUGUUAUGCAGCAACUACCGUAGCAACCCCUAUGACAACAGAGCAGAUAACGACUACGCUAGAAGUCAUACCGCCGACGACGUUUGCUUCUACCACGCAGGGCACAUCGGCCGUACCGGUGUCGUCCCCAACGUCCCAGAUCAGUACCACAGAGGAGGUGUCGUCGCCAACAUCCUCGGUCUUCCCCACUGAACCACUUUUGCCAGUAACAGAAGAGAAUCAGUUGGCCGUUUGUCCCCAAUCUGAUAUACCAGUUGUUGGAAUGUGUCGUGCAGGGAUUCAGCAAGGCACGAGGAUAUACCUGGACUCCACACUGUUCUCGGGCGAAUUCUCCAGGUGUUCCUGUAGUCUACGGGUUGUCAGCGAGGCCGGUGGAUCAGUAGAUAUCUACCCAACAAUAAUAGACCGCAAGAACUGCGAAUCAAGAAUCAGUAUUGAUGCCAUGAAAUACAGCCUGGAUUGUAAAACCAGCAAUGGUCACGUACAACGAUUUCUUUACAGUUUAAACAGUUUGGAUUUAAGUAUUUCCGGCCAAGGUGCUGGAAGAUAUUGCUUAUUGAUUCAGACGAAAGCUACAGCGGUGAAACUGCAAGUCGAAUGUUCGUUUGGGAUUUCUGCCGAGGUACAAGACACGAGCACAUUAUCUACGUCCAAAACAACACCGCAUGUGACAUCAUCCCUAUCAUCAACGCCCACCUCAAAAGAGUCGGUAUCGUCAACCACCUCCCAGGUUACCUCCACAGAGUCGAUAACCACUCCCCCAUCAGUAACAGAAGGGAAUGAUUUGGCCGUUUGUCCCCAAGCUGCCAUACCAGUUGUUGGGAUGUGUCGUGCAGGGAUUCAGCAAGGCACGAGGAUAUACCUGGACUCCACACUGUUCUCGGGCGAGUUCUCCAGGUGUUCGUGUAGUCUGCGGGUUGUCAGCGCUGCUGGUGGAUCAGUGGACAUCUACCCAUCAACGAUAGACCGUAAGAACUGCAAAGUCAGCUUCAACAUUAACGUCCUCAAAUACAGCCUGGAUUGCCACAAAAGCAACGAUCACGCACAAUCGUUUCUUCAUAGUUUAGACAGUUUGGAUUUGGAUAUUCGAGGCCAAGGUGCUGGAAGAUAUUGCUUAUUGAUUCAAACGAAAGCUACAGAGGUGAGGCUGCAACUUCAGUGUUAUUCUGGAAGGUUUGCUGACUCAGUCAACACGACCACAUCCACGACUACAUAUACUCCAGAAACACCGUUUGUAACAACGGAAGCUAUGGUCACAUCAACCUCAACGCCUACACCAUCCACAACAACAUCUGCAACUACACCUGUCUCGAUAACUGAGGCACCGACAACAACAGUCCAACCAACAACAGAAAAGACACACAAGACGACUACCGUAACGUCAUCCGCACCAUCAACCUCGACAAUAACUACGGAAGUUCUACCAACAUCUCCAACAGAAAUCACUCCCGUACCAGUGACAGUACCAUCUCAGACUACGACGACCACGACGGUUUCCGAAAGUACUGGUUUAGAUAACAAAACUGUUCUUGAUGACACGCAAGCAACACGGUACAGUUUUCCCGUGGUUGAAGUUACGGCUGGUGUGUCAGCAGGAAUCAUGGUGCUGCUGGGCAUCAUGGUCAUCUUGCUCUGCAACAGAUUUCAAGACAAACAUCGUGGUGAUGAGGAAGACGAACGGAAGCAACCAAUAGCUGGCUACGCUGACUCGGAAUAUUCAUCUGCAAAUGUCUCAGUGCUGAACCCUCUGUAUAGCGAAGAGGCUGAACCAGAGUGUUCUCAACAAGCUCGUCAACGCCCUGAAGAACAUGGCUCAGACGUAUCCUCCUCUUCUUCAGAAAGUCCGCCCAGCCCAUCUGCCGGUCGGACAGUUACUGAAGUGAACGCGGGACAGGUGGAACUGACCUAUGCUCUAGUCAUUAAACCUAACCGUGGUCAUUCUAACUGUACGGAGCCACCUGGAAGAACGAAGACUGAAGGUUCUACACACGGGCUUUACCGAUUGUGAAUGUUUUGUGAUGAAACUGAUCUCUUCAGAGGGACUUGGAGGGGUAAAUGUCUCAACCAGUGCUGUGAGACCUUCCUUGGAAACUAUGUGAAAAUUAUUACUUUUAAUUGUUGCACAAUUUCGGAUUAACACUCAGAUAGGGGUCCUACUGUAUCUCACACCACCAAAGAAACAGAUUUUUUAACAUGAGGAAAUAUUUUGCAUUCUCAGGUCAUAACAUAUAAUUUCCUGAGGAUGUCAAGAGGAGAGAAUGCCUGCAAUCAGUAAAGGCAUUGUUGUGUGGUCAUUGUACACUUUCCUGAAACACCGAUCGCUAUAGAAGCUACUGAGAACACAAACACAAUCUAGACAAGUUUUGCAUACACAUUCUGUUUGUUAGGAAACUUGUGAAUCCUGUUUACAUAUACAUUUAUAUAAUUCGUGUGAGACAGGUACAUGUUGGUAGUGGGUUUCCUUAUUUCAGUUAUAAUAGUAAUCAUGACUACUAACCAUUCAACAAAACAAAACAGAGGUGAUGAAAAACAUGAAAGUGCCAUGAAAGUGUAAACCAGAACUUGAAUGUUGGUUGUUCGAGAUCCAUACUUAAAACACAUUCAUCAAUUCCAGUAUUAGUUACAGUGUACAAUCAAAGUACUCAUCUAUGGUUUUGAAUGACUGAUCACUUAAUAAAUGUUCAUAAUGCAAA